AUGGAUGAAGCUGUCAUUGGUGAAUCAUGUCAGGGUCAAAGCGAGCAACGUCGACAGCAUCCUUCAGUGUCAGCUUGCCUUAUUACAUCGCUCGAUGGUUUUCAUUACUGUACCACCUAUUGGACACUUCCUUUUAUUUGCAUCCGUGAAGUACAAGGCAACAAGUUCUAUACCUUUUGGGUGAUGUACUACAAGCAAGAAGCAGCAAUGAGCAACAGAGCCCACAUCUUUAGUGUCAACAACAUUUACUUGAUCCUUGGUGUUCUCGUUGCAACAAACAACAAUGUUACGUCUUCUUUUGGUGCUGUCAAGGUGUAUCCAUCUCUCAUGGCAUUCAUCAUCAAGUAUCAGCUUGGAGAAACGGCUAUCAGAAUUGGUCACUGUGUCGACAUCUCUAGCAAGGAAAUGUGUUCGAUUACUGGUGGCAUCAAGUAUCGUGGAUUCUCAUACGACACUGGCUAA